AUGGCCCCGGUAUUCCGGUCUCACUGCUCCGAUGACGGCCCGGGCUGUCGGCGACGGUCGCGUCGCAGCUCGUCCGGGAGCCCGCCCGCCGAGCAGGCGGGACGUUCCCCUCGGGGCGGCAGCUGGCGGGGUCGUGUGGGCCUCAGGCCUUGGUGGGGAGAAGCGGGUCCCGGCGCUCUUUCCCUCCUCAACCGCUCCGACUCUCGAGAACGGCCCCCAGGGCUCCACAGCUGUGCCUUCUCGUCUUCAGCCUGCCAGGGCAGGUACCACCAGCACCACCGUCACCACCACUUGGCCGGCGACCGGCAGUGGGACGAGGACUUCGAGAAGGAGGAGGAGGAGCGCUUCCGGCAGAGGAGGCUGAAGGAGAGAGAGAGGAUUGGGGAGCUGGGAGCCCCUGAGGUGUGGGGUCUGUCUCCCAAGUCGCCUGAACCGGAUUCUGAUGAACAGAGCCCAGACGAAGAAGAGCAGGUGAAGAGGCAGAAGAGCAGCAGUUCAGACUCCACCUGUAAGGAAAGAAGGAAGAAGACUAGUCGCUCGAAAAACAAGAAAAAAAGAAAGAAAGAGACCAAAAGGAAACACAGAAACUAUUCUGGUACAAGUGACAGUAAUUUAGACUCCGACGAAAGUUCCAGCGCUGCGGAUGGUAAAAAGAGAACCAAAAAAGCCAAGAAGAAACAGAAGAAAAAACAGAAAGUCAAGAAAAACAAGAAAAAGAAGAGGUUGAAAAAAGAAUACAGUAACUCAAGCGGUAAAGAUUCAGAGGAGGAGUUGCCCGAAGACAUCUGGAUUUCACAUUCCAAGAUUGUAAAUACCUUGGAUUUAAUAGGUCCGGAAGCCCCUAUAAUCCAUUCAUCUCAGGAUGAAAAACCUUUGAAUUAUGGCCGUGCUCUUCUUCCUGGCGAAGGUGCGGCCAUGGCUGAGUAUGUGAAAGCAGGAAAGCGAAUCCCGAGAAGAGGUGAAAUUGGAUUAACAAGCGAAGAGAUUGCUUCGUUUGAAUGCUCAGGUUAUGUCAUGAGUGGUAGCAGGCAUCGGCGAAUGGAGGCCGUGCGGCUGCGGAAAGAGAACCAGAUCUACAGUGCCGAUGAGAAAAGAGCCCUUGCAUCCUUCAACCAAGAAGAGAGACGGAAGAGAGAGAACAAGAUUCUAGCUAGCUUUCGGGAGAUGGUAUACAGAAAGACUAAAGGGAAAGAUGACAAGGGUUUGGUUUAUGCACAGCAGGACUUUAAGCAAUAG